GUUGUGUGAGCAAAUCGAAACAGUGAAAACAUUUCAUCGAAUUAAAAAAAAAAAAGUUACAAAAUGAAAUUAUUCCUUAUUCUGGCCAUGCUCAUUGCAGCCGUUUGCGCUGUACCCCAAUUCGGUUUCGGUAGUGCUUAUGGUGGUGGUGCCGGAGGCUUUGGACGUCCUGGUUUCGGUGGUGGCGGUUUUGGUCGUCCCGGUUUCGGCGGUGGCAGCUAUGGUCGUCCUGGUUUUGGUGUUCGUCCAGGCUUCGGUGGCGGACGUCCCGGUUUCGGAGGUGCAGGCGGUGCUUCCUCAUCUGCUGCUGCUUCGUCUAGUGCCAGCUCCGCCGGUGGUGGCCGUUUAGGCGGUGCUGGUUCCGCUUCUGCUUCAGCUUCUGCUUCCGCUGCUGCUGGUGGUGGCAACAGAUUCCGCGGUUAAAAACGCUAUUCAUAGUUAAAACAAACUUUCUAUUGUAGUUUCCAUUAAGUUAUUAUUUAUUUUAAGUUUUAUAAAAAAUAUAUAAUAGAAAAAUCAA